AUGGCCGUUAUCUUCGCGUGUUUCAUUCUGCUACUUGUCUUGCCAGCUACCUGUUCCAUGGUACCACCAAGCAGUCCUACAAGCAGAGUCUCUCAACAUUCCGAACCGCAUAUCAGCUUUGUUAACAAUACAAGUUUCAUAUUAAACGAUGGUCAUAGUGAUGCUUCCGUACCACAACGAUGGAAAGGGGAUGUUGUCUCUUUAAAGUCAAGGCUGAGAAACGCAAGCAGGUUACAAACACCAUUAAAUGCAAUUUCACGCACAGGAGUAUGCGUUCCGGAGGAUGUAGGACUAUAUGGGCGUACCAUUAUCGCAUAUGAGUGUUUAUACACUCAAAAUGGAAAGACACAGACAGGCGAUGAAUGGGAAGCUGAACAGAUAGCAGCUGCCAGUGCAAAAUUCUCCAAGAAAAUGAAGAAACCCAAAAAAGAAAAAUCAGCCAAAAAACAAGGGGAAACAGAAGUUGAACCUUACAAAAGAUUAAUAUUCCCACCACCCUAUAACACAACAGGGAUGUUACUCAGGGAGGGAGAACCAUAUCUAGUCUUAUCCACUUGGUUACCAGGGGUCAAGAUAGAAGAUAUAUUAGUGGCCAUGGAUUAUGGUGAAGCGGAUGCAUAUGUACCGAAACGGUAUACCACAGACAAUCUACAUGAUCUGGAAAUUACCGAAAAAAUACACAAGUAUUACCAAGCUAUUGAAGCUGUGCCACGAGGAUUCGAACAACAUGAAAAGUCAUACAACAGUACAUACAAUGAUCUUUUCAAUCAAAUGGUGGAAAACAGUGAUGAGAUGGGUCACUACUCGCAGUACACGAAAGCUAAAAAUAGACCGCCUAUGCUAAUUAUCAACGCGCCAAAGAAUACUAUCGUUAAACAAUUCGAGUUUAACAUAUUUGGACGCAAAAGAGAUCCGAAUCAUCCAAAUAGGCACAAUGACUCUGGAAUCAAGGCUGAUCCCAUACCUGACCGAAUACAGCGAGCGUAUAGGCCCUUCUCAUUUGUGGACCUCAGGGAUAUUCAAUGCAAUAUGAAGGACGGAACAUUGCAAACAAGAGUGAAAUUGACACAUAUACCGCCGCCGCCAGAAAUGCGAAAGAUUUUCCAAAUCCGUAUAGGCGACGGAGAAGUUUCUCCUCCGCGAUUAUUCCCACUGGAACAAGUUCAUGGAUGGAUGUAUAAUUGGCAUCAUUUCGAGAAAUACGAUUUGAGCUUCGAUAUAUCUAAGUUCAAAAUCGAGGAUGUCGAGAAUUUCAAUCCAGAGGAACGCGAUCGCAUGGAAUUACCAGACGAUGACCAAAUGACCCUGAGGGAUGUUCGCAAAUUAAUGAAAGAAUAUGACGAGUAUCACAAAAAGCACGGUUAA